AUGGAAAAGUCGAGUGAACAUUUGCAGGAUCCUGAACAAGUUGAAGAAGCUUUGGGUAUUUUAAAAGAUGACAAAGAAUUUGAGGAAUUCGAAAAAGAAACUUGGACAGCAUCAGAGGAAGAGAUUUCGGAUCUGCAAGUAUGGGAUGAUAAAUGGGAUUGUGAAGUUGAGAUAGAUGACCAGUUUACUCAAUAUUUAAGACAAGAACUGACCAAACUUGGCCACUUACACGAAACUAAUUAAAUUCAUUGUUAAACAUUUCAAAUAAAUCAUUAUCACAAUGAUUGCGUUCCAAAUAAACUAUUUGUAAUGAAUAAUACGUUCACAUUCCUCGUGUUACAAGUUUUUCACUUUCCGAUUUAAACAACUAUUGAGAAAAUCCAAUUUCCUACGACUUUGCGCACAUCGUUAAAAUGAGAGAGGUGCGAGUAUUCUUAAAAUGAUGUAAUUACAAAAGUAAAUCACUUUGCCAAAAAGGGAUAAUCUACUGUCGUUAAAUGUGUGCUGGAUUACCUUAAUCGUCCGUAUGCGAAAUAAAC